AUGGCUUCGAUCGUACCUGAUGUGGAGCAAGUGACCAUCAAGUUGAGGUCUGAGCCGGGUCUAAAGUCUGCAAGCGUAGACGUCUCUAAUGAUUAUGGCACUCCCAAUGUUCUCUUUCUAUACUACACACCGUUUAUUCCAGAUGACAAUAAACUAGAUCUUGACGCUAUACAAGAUGAGUUCCAGUCCUGGAACGCCUGGGAGCUUGGACAGGCAGAGACACAGCUCAUCAGACAUGUCGAAGCUGGCAAUCUCCCAUCCGACGACUCAAUCGCCUCUCGUAUAAUUAGAAAUAACUAUCGAUCAAAGGCUAUUGAUUUUUUUCGCCAAGGAAAUGAGGCAUGGCUAUCUCUCGCAAACAAUUCCACAGCUCAAAAGGUCAUUGUAACGGCGCAAAGCGAGGCCCAUGGUUCCAUCCGUCAAGAGAUGAGGGCGCUGGCUGCAGAACAACACCUUCAAAGCCAGUUUGAGGUGAUUAUCAACGCUAUAAGUGGUAGUGUUGAGGUAGCGGAAGAGAACAAAUUUUACUUUACUCAUGUCUAUUAUCGAUAUGAUAAUAAUUCAAGGAGAUUUCUGCCAGUUAUUUCGGACACUACUUUCGGGAUCAAGAAAGGAGACGAGGGAAGCCAAGCUGGCGGAGAUAAAGUGAAACUAGAGAUCAAUCUCUCUGUCAACACUUACAACUUUGAUAGAAAGUUUUGGAGAGACCAUCGGCAUGAAGGGGAGGAGGCUAUCCAAAUGGGAGAGCCUAUCCGUAAGCAAAUGGCAUUGGACUUUUAUGUCAACAGCUAG